AUGGCACAAGCACUGGACUCACUCGACUGGGCCAAAUGGGCUUGGAGCGAUGGUUGGACAUACCUGCUGCCGCUUCUGGGAACUUCAUGCCUUGCGAGCUUGCUUGGCCUAUUGGGCCUCAUUGUGUCCGUGCCGUCGCACUCCACAGGAGUGCUGGGAUACUUGCGUCCACUGGCCCUGAUACUGGUCUCCAGUGCCCAUGUCUUUACGGCUGCUUGCUGUUGGCAUAUUCACGGCCUGGUGUUCAGGCCGCAUGGUGGUGUGUCCUACACCGAAAUCUUUCCAACACCCAGGAUGGAGGCACAGUUGGACCUCACACCAGUGCCCCAAGCCGACGACUACUUGCCACCAGGGCCUCCUCCACGCGUGGAGGCGGUGCCCUUGCAGUCGCAGAUUGCGCGGCCGGUCCACUCAGACAUACCCCAGGCAGAUGCGCCUCAGCUGUCAACUUCUGCACUGGAUUCAGCAGAUCCAGCCGGGGCAACAUGUGCCGGGCCACAAAAGGAAGCCCCAGAGGUAUGCACAGCUGAUGCACCGAUGCCCAGCAAUGAAAGCAACGCAGCUCCAGCUGAAGCAGUGACGAGUGAGGCUCCCGAGGCGGAAAGCGGCUAUGAAGUGUGCAACAUCGAAGUCCUUAUCCGUCUUCCUAGUGGGCGCCGGCUGCGCUCCAGUUUCCUGUCGACGGAUCCCAUCUCCAAGCUCUACGAUGCUGUGGAGGCGGAGUCCGGCCGUGAGCCAGAAAUUCGCGCCGGCGUUCAUUACUGGUUAAUACAGACACACCCAAGAGAGGUGUACCGCGACAAAAGCAUGACAGUAGGACAGGCUGGGCUACAAAAUCUUACGGUUCUCAACGUCGAACUGCAGCGGUGA